AUGGGGGUCCUGGAUGGAGCCGGACCUGCAGGAGGCUUGUUGGUCCACGGGUACAAGGGCGUCCGGUUCCAGAACUGGGCCCAGACCUACAGCUGCAACCCUGAGAUGUACUUCCAGCCGUCGAGCCCUGAAGAGGUCCGGGAGGUGCUGGCCCUAGCCCGGCAGCAGAAGAAGCGCGUGAAGGUGGUGGGCGGCGGCCACUCGCCCUCGGACAUCGCCUGCACAGACGGAUUCAUGAUCCACCUGGGCAGGAUGAACCGACUGCUCCAGGUGGACCUGGAGAAGAAGCAGGUGACCGUGGAGGCGGGCAUCCUCCUGGCCGACCUGCACCCCGAGCUGGACAAGCAUGGCCUGGCCCUGUCCAAUCUGGGAGCCGUGUCGGACGUGACGGUUGGUGGUGUCAUAGGCUCUGGGACACACAACACAGGCAUCACACACGGCAUCCUGUCCACCCAGGUGGUGGCACUGACCCUGAUGACAGCUAAUGGGACGAUUCUGGAAUGUUCUGAGUCCAACCAGGAGGAUGUGUUCCAGGCUGCGCGGGUGCACUUGGGCUGCCUGGGUGUCAUCCUCACCGUCACACUGCAGUGUGUACCCCGGUUCCACCUGCAUGAAGUCUCCUUCCCAUCCACCCUGGGAGAGGUCCUGGACCACCUGGAUGAGCACCUGCAUAAAUCUGAGUACUUCCGCUUCCUCUGGUUCCCGCACAGCGACCAUGUCAGCGUUAUCUACCAGGAUCAUACACAGAAGGCCCCCUUCUCUUCAUCCAGCUGGUUUUGGGACUAUGCCAUCGGCUACUAUGUCCUGGAGUUCCUGCUGUGGGUCAGCACCUUCGUGCCGGGCCUCGUGGGCUGGAUCAACCGUGUCUUCUUCUGGCUCCUCUUUAGCCGCACAAAGGAGAGUUGCCAAGUCAGCCACCGCAUGUUCACCUAUGAGUGUCGCUUCAGGCAGCAUGUACAGGACUGGGCCGUGCCCAGGGAGAAGACCAAACAGGUACUGCUGGACCUGAAGGCGGCGCUGGAGGCCCAGCCCAAGCUGGUGGCCCACUUCCCUGUGGAGGUCCGCUUCACCCGGGCUGACAACAUCCUCAUGAGUCCCUGCUUUCAGAGGGACAGCUGCUACCUGAAUAUCAUCAUGUACAGGCCCUACGGUAAGGAUGUACCUCGCCUGGACUACUGGCUGACCUAUGAGACCAUCAUGAAGAAGGCGGGAGGUAGACCCCACUGGGCCAAGGCCCACAACUGCACCCGCAAGGACUUUGAGAAGAUGUACCCCGCCUUCCCCAAAUUCUGUGCUAUCCGCGACAAGCUGGAUCCUGCCGGAAUGUUCCUGAACGCAUAUCUGGAGAAGGUGUUCUACUAAGACA